CACUAUUGUGGGCACUAUCUAUUUAUUGCCCUCCACAGGCACAACUGUCGCACAGCGCGACUCCGCGCUUGCUGCUCAAGGAGAAGGUGGAUACAGGUGUGGUGCACAGCGUAUUCCGUUCAGAAAGGACCAGGUGAGCGUCGUGCGAAGAGAUGGAGAGCCAGAUGUUUGAAGGACAGCAAGGGGAGCGAACCUUUGAACACCAGGACAGCCUGCCAGCCCUGCCCGUGCCGAGUCUGGAUGAGACGCUCACCAAGUACCUGGACUCUGUCAGGCCCUUCGCUACGGACGAGGAGCUCGCCCACACGCGGGAAGUGGCGCGGCGCUUCAAGGAGGGAGUUGGAGCGAAGCUGCACGCGCUGCUUCUGCGGAGGGGAGCCGAGCGCCAAAACUGGCUGGAGGAGUGGUGGCUGAACAAGGCAUACCUGGAGUCGCGGGGCCCGCAGCAGAUCACAGGGAACUUUGGGGGACCAGGCCCUUACCUGGAGCACGUGUGGCCUCCCAAGGUGGGGACCCAGCUGGAACGGGCCGCCAUCUUGCUGUGGCACCACCUCAACUUCUGGCAGCUGCUACGCACAGAGAGGCUGGCCACGCACCGCGCUAAGGGUGUCCCACUGGACAUGCAUCAGUUCCGUAUGAUCUUCGGUACCUGCAAGAUCCCUGGAGAGAAAUGUGACUCCAUCGUCUGCCAUUUCAAGACUGAGCCGGAGGGCGCCUGCCCGUCCCAUGUGGUGGUCUUGUGCCAUGGCAGAAUCUUCACGUUCGAUUCUCUGGCGCCCGGCGGGGACAUUCUCACACCUCCCGAGCUGCAGAGUCAGCUCGCGCUCGUGAAGGCUCGCUGUGCAGCGGAGCCCGAGGGACCCGGCUUGUCGGUUCUCACAGCCGGCGACAGAGCCAGCUGGGCCAAGACCAGGCAGCACCUGCUGAACUUGUGCGCGGAGAAUGUGGAGCACAUGAACGCGGUGGAGAGCAGCCUGCUCGUGCUCGUGCUGGAGCAGGCAUCGCCCUCCGCCUCGCCGAGCGACUACUCCCAGCUCCAGAGCUGGGCAUUAGCUGGCAAUCCCCGGGGCCGCUGGGGGGACAAGUCCUACAACCUGAUCGUCUUUGAGAAUGGCACCUGCGUCUCCAACUGUGACCAUGCUCCCUAUGACGCGAUGGUGCUGGUCUCAACCACGAGUUACGCCGAGAACACCCUGAAGAGAGUUGACGGCGUGUGGGUGGGAGAAGUUCCUCUCCGCCCACUACCGCAGCCCCAGGAGCUGCGGUUCCGGCUGGAUGAGCGAAUCUUGUCGGAUAUAGCUCACAGCGAGGCCCUUUACAACCGUCAAGCAAAGGACCUCCAGGUGGUGUCGCUGGCAUUCACAGCGUUUGGGAAGCUGCUCAUCAAGCAGCGCGGGCUGCACCCUGACACCUAUGUACAGCUGGCGUUGCAGCUCGCCUACUACAGGCUGCAUGGCCGGCCCGGCUGCUGUUAUGAGACAGCGUCCACGCGCAAGUUCUACCACGGCCGCACGGAGACCAUGCGGCCCUGCACCCCAGAGGCGGUGGCCUGGUGCCGGGCCAUGCAGGAGCCUUCCAUGCCGACGGGGCGAAGGCUGGAGUUGAUGCUGGAGGCAUUUGACAAGCACAACCGGCUCAUGAAGGAAUGUGAAAACAACAAAGGCUGCGACCGGCACCUCCUGGGCCUCCUGCUGCUGGCAGAGGAUGAGGGCCUUCCCGUACCAGAGCUGUUCCGCGACCCUUCCUUCACCAAGAGUGGUGGCGGAGGGAACUUUGUGCUGUCAACGAGCCUGGUGGGAUAUACCAACACUCUGGGCGCCGUCGCUCCUAUGGUGCCACACGGCUACGGCUUCUUCUACCGCAUCCGCGAUGACCGCCUCGUGGUUGCGGUCACGGCGUGGCGCUCGUGCCCACAGACGGACGGGGAGCGACUCUACCACGCAUUCGCCGCCGCUCUACACGAGAUGCAGUGCCUUGCCCUGACGCGUGCGGCACGCCUCUGAGAACCCGCGGUGCGCGUGCGGGUUCACAGGUGUCGCUGUGCAAGGGCGUGCGUGUGUGCAGGGGCGUGCGUAUGUGCACGCGCGUAGUGGUAGUGCCAGGGCUGCUCAUGUCUCGUACCAGGAGAUUCCACGGUGCCACGCGUACGCUGGGGACGUUUGCACGUUCACACAAAAUGAAUUCUGAGCCACAACAUAAUAUAUCUGUCCAGCCAUAUCGGUGUCAGAAUUACACUGUAUAACUGAUUACACUUAAAUGCAAAAAAUACAACAAUGCACUUAGCACGUGACCAUUGAAUACCACUACGUAACAUGUACAUGUUUUAUGUUCCUUCUGGCACGAGUUUUUAAUUGUAGUGUCCAAUUGCUGCCAAGGAGGGUGACUUUCACCAGCAUCUAUGUUACAAUUCAAGAUGAGCAUUUAUGUUUUCUGUAAUUUCAGUGAUCUCUGGCCAUGCAGCUUCUAUGAUUGUAAGGUCAUUUUAAACUGUACUUGUGAAAUGACAUACACAGAAAAUAAAAUGCAAUCAGGA